AUGGCGGCCAAGCGUAAAGCUUCAGCAAUGGGUGCCGCCAUGGACGAUGAACCGGUGGAUCCCUCGGACGAGCUGGCGUUCUAUUGUCUUGGUGGAGGCAAUGAAGUUGGACGAUCUUGUCAUAUCAUCCAGUACAAGGGCAAGACGGUCAUGCUUGAUGCGGGAAUGCAUCCAGCCAAAGAAGGCUUCUCAGCGCUUCCUUUCUUCGACGAGUUUGAUUUAAGCACAGUUGAUAUCCUUCUGAUCAGCCAUUUUCACGUUGAUCACUCAUCGGCACUCCCUUAUGUCCUCAGCAAGACAAACUUCAAAGGUCGUGUUUUCAUGACACACGCUACAAAAGCUAUCUACAAAUGGUUGAUUCAGGAUAACGUCCGAGUCAGCAAUACAUCCUCUUCUUCAGAUCAGCGCACCACCCUAUAUACUGAGGGCGAUCAUCUUUCGACCCUUCCUCUAAUCGAGACCAUCGACUUCAAUACCACACACACCAUUAACAGCAUCCGUAUCACCCCCUUCCCGGCUGGUCAUGUACUGGGCGCUGCUAUGUUCUUGGUAUCCAUUGCUGGAUUGAACAUCUUGUUUACAGGCGAUUAUUCACGUGAAGAGGACCGCCAUCUGAUUCCGGCGACCGUUCCAAAGGGGAUUAAGAUUGAUGUUCUGAUUACAGAAUCGACAUUUGGCAUUUCGUCCAAUCCCCCCAGGUUGGAACGAGAGGCUGCUCUGAUGAAGUCAAUUACCGGCGUCUUGAAUCGUGGAGGUCGUGUGUUGAUGCCAGUAUUUGCUCUCGGUCGUGCACAAGAACUGCUUCUUAUUCUUGAAGAAUACUGGGAGCGACAUCCCGAAUUGCAGAAAGUCCCUAUCUAUUACAUCGGUAAUAUGGCCCGUCGCUGCAUGGUCGUGUACCAGACAUAUAUCGGUGCCAUGAACGACAACAUCAAACGACUUUUCCGGCAACGUAUGGCUGAAGCCGAGGCAAGCGGCGACAAGAGUAUCACGGCAGGACCAUGGGAUUUCCGCUUUGUUAGAAGCCUCCGGAGUCUGGAACGGUUUGAUGAUGUCGGAGGUUGCGUGAUGAUUGCCUCUCCUGGUAUGCUUCAGACCGGAACCAGCAGAGAAUUGCUUGAGAGGUGGGCCCCAAGCGAGCGCAAUGGUGUUGUCAUGACAGGUUAUAGUGUUGAAGGCACCAUGGCCAAGCAACUGCUCAACGAGCCGGAUCAGAUCCCCGCCGUUAUGUCCAAAGUUUCUGCCAUCCAAGGCCGCGGACGAGUUCCUGGAGGAAACGACGACGAACAGAAAGUGAUGAUUCCACGCCGAUGUACCGUUGAUGAGAUUAGUUUCGCAGCCCACGUUGACGGCGUGGAAAACCGCAACUUCAUUGAAGAAGUUGCUGCACCGGUGGUUAUUCUGGUUCACGGUGAAAAGCAUCAAAUGAUGAGGCUCAAAUCCAAGCUUCUUAGCCUUAACGCUGAUAAGACAGUCAAGGUCAAGGUCUACACACCGGCAAACUGUGAUGAAGUGCGCAUUCCCUUCAGGAAAGACAAAAUAGCAAAGGUGGUUGGCAAACUGGCACAGAUUCCUCCGCCUUCGGAGCAAGAGGACAGUCAACUCAUGGCUGGAGUUCUGGUUCAAAACGGAUUUGAUCUGUCUUUGAUGGCCCCGGAAGAUCUCCGAGAGUACGCGGGUUUAACGACAUCUACCAUCACCUGCAAACAACACCUGACCCUUAGCUCCGCUAGUAUGGAGUUAAUAAAAUGGGCCCUUGAGAGCACAUUCGGCGCCAUUGAGGAGAUCGGUGCAGACAGCAAGGAAAAGAAAGAGGCCAAUGGUGACUCGAAAGCAUAUCUUCAUGGGGAAGCUGCAGAUGAGGAGAUUCCCAUGGACCAAGCUCAAACAUUCCUAAUAAUGGGCUGUGUCGUUCUGCGAUACCACCCACGAAGCCGUGAGGUUGAGCUCGAGUGGGAGGGCAACAUGAUGAACGACGGAGUUGCCGAUGCCGUCAUGGCCGUGCUUCUCACAGUCGAGAGCAGCCCAGCCUCCGUGAAACAAUCGGCCAAACACAAUCAUCACCAUCAUCACCAUGACGGUGAACUAGACGCGCUUCCCAACCCCCAUUCACAUCUUGGAGCCGACGAUCGACUUGAUCGUCUCCUUAUGAUGUUGGAGAUGCAAUUUGGCUCUGACAUUGCCCCCAUCGAACGUCCUCGUGUACCCGCCGAUCUUGCAAUUGGCACAACUGACGGCGAUGAAGCCGCCCUCAGCGAGGAGCGUGUUGCUGAUAUCGAGUCAGCCGAACUGGAGCGUCUCCAAGCCCUGGGUGUCCCAGUACCUGGAAUUGAAAUCAAGGUAGACAAGCACGUUGCCCGCGUCUGGUUGGAAAACCUGGAAGUGGAAUGUGCCAAUGCUGUUCUGCGCGACCGAGUGCGCAUUGUCGUUGAGAGGGCGGUUGAAACCAUUGCUGGUCUGUGGGCAGCUAGCUCCAUGCCCAAGGAGGUUGUGGUGGCCAAUGGUCCCGUGAAGUCCCAGGCAGAAAUUGAACUUGCUGCUAGGACCAAGACGGUUGCUAUUGAGUCACAGUAUUGA